AUGGAAAAAAUUAAUAGCGGAACAUUAACAACAAAUCAAAUUUUAAAUUUAAAUAAUCAUCCAGUGGAUUCAGAAUUUAUCACACAAAAUUUUAAUAGUCAAACACGUGUAAUAUAUGAUAUCGAACGUAAUAACUCACAACAAACUUUAUUAACUGAAGUAAUGGAAACUGUUCAACAAUUUCAAGAUACGUCAAAUACAACAGUAUCAAGUAACGAAUCAGAAAAAUCAUUACCACAAUCAACUAAAGAUUCUGAACGAAAUUAUAUAGGAUUGUAUAAUAUGAAGGUAUCACGAAGUAGAGGAAAAUCUCCUGAAAAAAUUGAAUUCGAACUGUACUCAAAGCCGAUAGUGAACAAAUCUAAAAAAUCGAAAUGUUUUAAUUCUACCCAAACAACUAUACAAUUAAAUGAUGAAAAUAAUAGUGAUAGUGAAAAUGAGUUGAAAUUGAUAAAUAAAAAAUCAUCCAGUAAAAUGAAUAAUUGCUAUCCACAACAGAUUUCGCCAAGAUUAAAAAACAAAUAUAAGAAGAAAAGAUGUGAAAAAUCUGAAAUUUUAUCCUGUGAUGAGUUAGAUAAUAAAAAUAAUCAAAAAACAAAUCAUCUUAAUAAUGAAGUUCCCAAGGAAACAAUAAAUCAAAAUGAAAAUUUAAGUGGUGGUACAAUAUUAAAUAAAUUUUCAAAAUUUAUAAAAUUAAAAAGAAAUUGUAAUCAAAAAUUCAAAUCAAUUAUAUUUGAAGAUUGUAUCGAUAAAUAUCAUUUUGAUCAUGGCUGCUCAAAAUAUCUACAAGCAACUGAUUAUGAUUCUAUUGCUGUAUCUGGUUUAUUAGCAAAUCAAACUUUAUCUUAUGGUACAAGAUUUUGGGCUGAAAUUUUUGGCAGUUUACAAAUUGGUAUAACAUUUUUUAUAGCAUUUCUAUUACAAGCAUAUCGAUUUAUUUUAUUUACUUUAAUACGAUCAUUUCUCGUUGGAUUUCUUCAAAUUACUGCAGAUUAUUGUUUAAAACCAAUAUUAACAAUUAUUUUUAAUGGAUUUAUUCAACCAAUAUUCAUUUUUAUUUUUAAUACUUUUUUAUCAAGAGAUUUAUUAAGGCCA